AAGUUUUGUUUACAUUUUGUGGUCGCCAAACAUUUCAAACGCAGGCCCACUCCCCAACUUAAGUGGAGCCGCCCGUCUCAAAUUUCACCUGUUUGGAACAAAGCGCUCUUCAUUCGUAAAUAUCGUCAGACUCCACUUGAGGUGUGCCGAGAAAAGGUCGUCGCAAGACAAGAUCCUCCAGAGAAGCUCAGCGAACAUGGACAACCCAGCGCUGCAAGCCGGGGACGCCGGUAACUACAACGCUACCAACGAACCGUACACGAACCGUGAUGGCAAAUGGAAGGACAGCUACGACCCAGAGCCGAACGCCGUGAGUCAGAUGGAUCUGGUGGAGGACGGAGACGAGAACAAGGAACGCGGGAACUGGUCCAACAAGGCCGACUACAUCCUCUCCUGUAUCGGGUACGCCGUCGGGCUGGGCAAUGUCUGGCGAUUCCCCUACCUCGCCUUCGAGAAUGGCGGAGGUGCGUUUUUGAUCCCGUAUAUCGUGAUGUUGGUGUUCGCCGGCCUUCCCAUCUUCCUGUUGGAGACCUCCCUCGGACAGUUCGCCAGCCAGGGACCGAUCCGUGUCUGGCGCUGUCUGCCUCUCUUCCAAGGUAUCGGUUACACCCAGGUGAUAGCGUCGGCGCUGGUGGGGAUCUACUACAACUGCAUCAUCGCGUACACACUGUUCUACCUGUUCUCGUCUUUCACCUCUGACCUCCCGUGGAGAACCUGCGACAACACCUGGAACACUGGCGACUGUGUUGACACCAACUCCCUCGCAAACUGGACCGGAAACCUUUCCGACCGUGUCAGCCCGAGCGAGGAAUAUUGGGACCGGUACAUGCUGUCACGUUCGUCCGGUAUCGGUGAGCCAGUGACGGUGAAGUGGCAGCUGGCGCUGUGUCUCCUCCUGGCCUGGAUUGUCGUCUACUUCAGCCUCAUCAAGGGCAUCAAGUCCUCCGGAAAGGUCGUGUACUUCACGGCUACCUUCCCCUACGUGGUGCUGCUGAUCCUGCUGAUCCGUGGAGUUACACUAGAUGGCGCUCUUGAGGGGAUCAAAUUCUUCAUUGUACCGAAGUGGUCUCAGAUAGCAAACGCGAAGGUGUGGAAAGAUGCUGCAGCCCAGAUUUUCUUCUCACUGUCAGCUGCGUGGGGAGGGCUGCUGACCCUCGCCUCGUACAACAAGUUCAAGAACAACACUAUUCAUGAUGCUCUGAUCGUGGCCCUGACGAACUGUGCAACGAGCGUGUUCGCCGGUUUCGUCAUCUUCUCCAUCCUCGGUCACAUGGCGUUGAAGCUGAACGUAACGGUCCCUGAAGUCGCGAAAUCAGGUUUCGGCCUGGCUUUUGUCGCGUAUCCCGAAGCCCUGACCUUGCUGCCAGUCUCACCGCUAUGGGCCAUUAUCUUCUUCCUUAUGCUCUUCACCCUCGGAUUGGACAGUCAGUUCACGAUUGUGGAGACGGUUGCCACGGCGAUCUGCGACGGCUGGCCGACGCUUUUGAGGAAGAAGAAAUGGCUGGUGAUGCUGUGUAUCGCCGUGUGCUGCUACCUCCUGGCCAUGCCCUGCCUCACACAUGCUGGUAUCUACCACGUUCAGCUGAUUGACUCCUACGCUGGUACCUACCCCCUCAUCAUUGUGGCCAUCAUGGAAUGCAUCGGCAUCUCUUACCUCUACGGUCUGAGGCGUUUCUGCAAGGACAUCGCCAUGAUGGCGGGUUACCAGCCUAACUACUACUGGCAGGCGAACUGGGCUUUCAUCACACCGGCUCUGCUCACUUUCGUGCUGAUCUUCAGCUUCGUGUUCCACGAAGAUGUGUCGUACGGAGACUACGAGUACCCGCUCUGGGCCGUUACCCUCGGCAACCUGAUUCUGGUCUUCUGCGCCAUCUGGAUCCCCGGGGUCGCCAUCUUCUGGCUCAUCGUCACCCCCGGAUCCUUCAUGGAGCGUCUCCGUAAGGUGACCUCUCCGACCGACACGUGGGGCCCGCAUCUUCCACAGCACCGCGACGAGCGAUACGCCAACAUGGCCAACCCCUCGCAAGGGAUCGGCGCCAAGUACACACCAAACGAUGGCACGAAAUUGUAGACCAAAAAACAACGAUGGUACAAAAUUGUAGACCAAAAAACAAAACAAAAAACAACA